AUGCAUGAUAUGCUAAAAAAAGUUCGUUAUGCUAAGUGGCAAUGGGAAGGGAAGGGGGGAAAAUUGUCCAAAAGUUUGCCGAGCACAAGUUCAUCUGGAGAUGUAAAUGAAGAGGACGUUAAUGAAAUAGUGGAGAAAAACUCGGAAUCCAAGGGAUCCAAGUGUGAUAUAUGUAAAGAAACUUUUCCGCAUAAGAAUGCCUAUAGAGCUCAUUGUAACUCCCUUGGUCACUUGCAUAAUACCAAAAUGAUUCUCGAACAACAACCAAAUAAGCUUCAACUAACCGCUGCUCAGAUUUUUGCUGCGUUACAGUCUCCACCAAGUCCACAAGCAUCGUCCUCUAAUUCUCAGUCAUUAAUCACUUCUCAGGGUUCUAAGCCAUUUAAAUGCAAUAUAUGUAAAUUUGCUUGCGGUCAAGGAUCAACACUUGAUAUUCAUGUUAGGUUAGCGUCGUCUGUUGCUCAUCAGUCACGCCUAUGUAAAAUAAAUGAACUGGUUAGCCAAGGUGAACUUGAUUUGAAGAAACCACUUUUGGAGCAACCGGGAGGGCAACCACAAAAAUCAAUCGGUGAAUUAUUGUCGAAAAGUAAUUCUGAACAAAAUGGUAUUGAAUCUCAGACUGGAGCGUUAGCAAUGAUAAAUAUGUUUAAUAUGGCGCAACUACUAUCUAUGGCAUCGGCGAGUCAAAACCCCGCCUCAUUGGCUUCGUCCACCAAUCAGCAGGCUGCGGCCAUAGCCAGUCUUGCUGCCGCUGGCAUCCCGUCUACGAUGAUGCCACCCUUUGGGGCUUUCGGUAAUCCUUUAUCAUUAUUAUUUUGCACUCUGUUAUUGAUCUGGCAAUUUUCGGGUCUUCCAGAAUCUUUGAAUGUUCAAAAUGAACGUCAGGUCCAAAAUGACGACGAUAAAACUCCUAGAAAUGGUUUAGCUUUCCGAAAAAUGCUGGAAACUUAUGGAUACGAUGUUGUCAUGCAGUUCAAUGAAGGCGCUGAACAGCGCAAACGUAAAUUAGAAUCACUUACCGAAGACGAGGUACCUGAAAUUUGUGCUGUGGACUGCAGUAAAUGUAGCAAACGGUUCAGUUCAAUAUGGGUUCUCAAAGCACAUUAUGAAGAGGUUCAUAGUAGUACUGUGCCAUCUGAAGAUGUUGAACUAUUCGCUGAAAAAUUAAGGAAGUUUCUGGAUGAAAUGGAAGAAAAAGAAAAUAGCAUUGAAGAAGAAGGAAGUUCUGAGGUUGGCAAAAAGCGUCGACGGGAUGACUCAAGUGUUGAACGCGAAACUUUGUCACGUAAUUCGGAAGAUAAAUUUAAGCCAGAUACAAAAAGGUUAAAAGAGGAAGUUCGUGCGUGUUCGGUGGGGUCAACAAGUUCCACGCCCCUACCUUCAACUUCAAAAGAUGUACCAGAUUUUAGUAGUCAGUUAGCUGUGAUGGGAAUGAUGGGGUUUCCAUUUAUUGCUACUCCAUUUGUACCAGUUGUGACUCCCGAAUUUUUCACCAACCCGUUGUUAACUGCUCAAACCACAACGCCUGUACUACCGCAAGAGGUUUCUGGAGCCUAUGAAAAGCGUUUUAUUCCUUUAUUGUUUGGAAAAAGUUUUUUCUUAACCAGCAGUGAUUUAAAAACUUUAGCUUCUUCGGGAAAUUCCCCGACAAAAAGGGCACGGACUCGGAUUACCGAUGAUCAACUAAAAGUAUUACGUCAAUAUUUUGACAUUAAUAAUUCACCCAGUGAAGAGCAAAUAAAGGAAAUGUCAAUCAAGACUGGUUUAAUGGAAAAAGUGAUAAAGCAUUGGUUUAGGAAUACCUUGUUCAAAGAACGUCAACGAGACAAAGAUUCACCGUAUAAUUUUAACGUGCCACCACAGAUGAGCAUUGAUUUGGCCACUUAUGAGAAAACUGGUGAAGCAAAAGUUACUUCGCUCAAAGUAGAGGCUGCCAGUGAAGAACCUGCUCCUACACAAACAAAACCUCAACGAGAAGAGGAGACUGGAACUGCUACAACAAAUGCAGCAUCAUCUGUUGUCUCAAGUAGUUUGCAGCUUCAGCAGAAUCAAAUGUCUAAUGCUUUUGCAAGCCAAUUUGUUGCUCUGCUAAAUGAAGAACGUGGAAUGCCUCCGUUAUCUUCAGGAAUCACUUCGUCUGCCUCCAACUCUGGACGUCGAGCAAAUCGAACUCGGUUCACCGACUACCAGUUGAAGACCUUACAGGUGUUUUUCGAAAGGCAGCCGUAUCCAAAAGAUGACGAUCUAGAACUCCUUUCCAAAAAACUUCAGCUGAGUCCUCGAGUUAUAGUUGUGUGGUUCCAAAACGCUCGUCAGAAGGCACGCAAGAUUUAUGAGAAUCAGCCGUCAUCUGUUGGAGACGACCGUUUCUUAAAAACUCCUGGUAGCAACUUCCAGUGUAAAAGAUGUCAGGUGGUAUUUCAAAGAUACUAUGAACUUAUACAGCAUCAGCAGAAGUCUUGUUAUAAGGAUGACGGAGCUGCUCAACAAAGGGACAAUAAGGCUGUCGAAGAAAAUUUGAGUGAGGACGAGAAGAAUUGUGAUAGUGAUAGUCCUAAUAUGUCCUGGUUAACAGCACAGUCAAGUGGCAGCCAAAAAACGGAUCUGACGAACGUUCUCGCGCAACUUAUGAGUGCUGCAGGUACUGAAGGAGGAGCUGACUUGAAACAAGCUGAUUUUUUAAAAUUGCUCGCUGGAACCUCGAUGGCCCAAGAUUCUAACGUCACGUAUGUGAAGAAGGUGCGUGAGAAAAAGAAAGAGUUUUAUAAAAGAUGCCCAUUUUGCUGUUUAUUAUUCCAUUCUCGUGAGUCCCUUAUAAGUCACAUCCCAGAACGACAUCGUGAACAAGCAAAUAGUACACCUGUUGAUGUUGACAACCUUCCUGACGCAGAAGACGUACCGACAAUCACAGCAGUUGCGAACGAAGAUUCAGCAGCGACAGAUUCCACAAAGGUUAAUGGUGCUCAGAAAAAAUCUGACCUGUCACCACUCGAUUUAAGCUGUUCAAAUAAUGGCGAGAGUAGAGAAGAUUCGGUUUCAAUGUCUCCGUCUUACUACCAUUCUGAUAACGAUGACAAUAGCGAUAACGUAGAAACCUGUGAUCAGUACAAUAGCUCCUCACCAACUGGAAUGAGUGUUGGCUCAAAUGGGAUGCAAAGAAGUCCUGCAAAUUCUAAACGUUACAGAACUCAUUUAACACCGUUACAAGUUCACGUGAUGAAAAGCGUUUUUGCUGAAUAUAAAACUCCAUCCAUGACCGAGUGUGAAACUCUUGGAACCGAAAUUGGUCUGCAUAAACGCGUUGUUCAAGUUUGGUUCCAGAAUGCUCGUGCGAAAGAAAGGAAAACUAGAGCAUAUAACGCCGAGGAGGACUUACAAAGGUGUACAGCGACAAGAUGUGUUCUUUGUGCUGUUGAGUACAACCAUCGGCUGAAUUUGCAUGAUCACAUCUUUACUUCUGGCCAUUUAGCCAAAGUGAAAAAAUUAUUUCGCAGCGAUUCAUCCAGACUUGAUUCAAGUUUGGGGUCAGAAAAUAUCCUCGAUAAGACUGAGGGGAAAGCAAGGGCGAGAUCAGUGAGAGACAAAAAUAUUUCAAAGUCGUCCAAUAUUAACUUACAGUGUGCUGGCUCCAAUCCGCUAACACAGUUUCCAUAUAAUUUUGUUUAUGGGUUGCAUCCAGGCUUGGCACCAUUGAUGUGUGAUCCCACCGUUGCUGGUACCCCAAUUUGUUUGCUGCAAAUACCUGAAACAGUCAUGACUCAAAUAACUGCAGAUAUGGCUGCAGGUCGAGAAUCAACGAAGUUUACUCAGGACGGAAAAACUUUCCAACAACUUAUUUCAGUUCUUCCUAUCAAAGAUUUUCAGUGUGCCGGUAGCAAAGAUAUUGAGGUUGGCUGGGCAUGCCCAUCUUGCAAUACUGUAUUCCAACAGGAAAUUCUACUGAAAAACCAUCAGCGUCUAAUAUGUAAUAGUGAUUCAGUAUUUAAGCUAAUUCAGACACAUUACGAGUGUAGAGCAUGCAGCACAAAACUCGGCACUCAGGUAUCUUUGGCUAUUUUUUUGGUUUUAGUUUUCUGUUUGGGUCUUAUUUCACUUUGA